UCCACUCUUGUGCAAAAUAAAGAAGUGCCAGCUGACAAAAUACUUUCUCGAGUGUUUAUCACAUUUCAGAGCUUUAAGAUUUUUACAUAUUACAGUGCGGUCACAGGUAGAUAUGAAGGCCACGACUGCGGCUAUUACAGUUGUCCUGCUAUGUUUUGCCAUAGCCAGAGCUAGCGGUUACUUCAUGCCAAGCAGAUGCCCAUAUGGUUGCAGUUCAUGCUCUUACAGCAGGUGCUUUAGAUGUUCGUCAGGUUUUUUUCUGCACAAAACAGCAUGUCUGAGUCAGUGUCCCAGCGGUUAUUUCGGCCUGUCCGCGUAUGGGAUCAGCAUUUGCGCAGAAUGCCGGGUGUCUGGCUGUAGGACGUGUACUACCAGGGAUAACUGCCUAGAAUGCUCGUCUGGUUACCUGGACACCACGUCAAGUAGUCCCAUGUGUAGCUACACCUGCCCGAAAGGAACGUAUAAAUCGAGUACCUUCGGUGGAAAACGGUGCAUAGCAUGUUCUACACCAAACUGUGCCCAGUGUUACUCCUCGACCAGUUGCUCGGAGUGCAAACCAGCCUUCUACAAAUACUACCCCUCAGUGCUGGCCGAGGUCCAGUGUGUGUCUGAGUGCCCAGUUGGCUACACUGUGGACUUCAGUUAUGGUUCCCGUUCUUGCACGAAAUGCGGCGUUGAGGGAUGCACGAGGUGUUACUCCAGCAGUGCGAGAGACAAGUGUUUUGGGUGUGAGCCCGGGAAAUUUGUGCUUGAGCAGACAAGCUGUGUGUCUCGCUGUCCAGAGGGAUACGAGGAGAAACCAUUGUCAGGGGAAAUGUAUUGUUCUAAAAUUCCAACCACAACAAUCCCGACGCCCGCAGCGCCGUCAUCGGCAACCACGGAAGAACAAGCGUAGAAGCUGUCAGCUUUACCAGAAACAGUUGUUGACCAGACACGUCUUCAACCAUAUUUCACAGUAAAAUCAACAUAGAAAGACAGUAUUUUAGACGCUUAAACGUUUCAAUUUCUACACUUACUUGAGCUGAACCUAAGCAAAGCUUUCGAUCACCACUGUGACCUUCCUCAGUGUGUAUUCCUCUGAGACUGAGCACUAUUCACUAGUGUCUCGGUGAUAUUGCUGUCCCAUAUGUGAAACAAUUGGUGUCUUCCCCCGUCUCUGUUCAGGCUUGGGUUGUGGGCAAGGAUGUAGAUUACCUCCUUAUCCUCCCCUCUCUCCCCCCCCCCCCCCCACACCUCUCAUACACAAUAAGAAAGUACUAGUAAUUUUAAGAGCAUGUUAAAUCUAACCUAUAUUUGGAACUGCGACGACUAUUUACUUGCCUCUUAUCUGGGGCAUGGAGUAACUCUUAGUACGGAUAUUGUAUUUUUUUGUUGAGAAUUCACAUCUGAUCAAUUUUUCACGUUAGAAUUAAGUAUCGUAUACGGAGCCGUGGAAAAUACCAUCAAUUUGAAGAUGUUAUUUUCGAAAUGAAUGUUUAAUCUAAAGAAGACAGAAAUAAAAACAAUUCUUUUGAAAUAUA